CCUUCCUGUUGAAUGAAAACAAAGCAAGUGACAGUUGUGACUGAAAACACUUAAGACCUCCCACAUCUGGACUCACCGGAUCGGGGACACAGAGGAGCGGUCACUGCUGGGGAGGAAGAAGCCACAACUGGAGGAGAAAAUCCAAAUAAAGAGCAUGAGCGCGACCUGAAAGUAAAUGGCCACCUCAACAGAGAGGAAGUCAGCCUCCUGGUGGAAUUACUUCUUCCUCUACGAUGGUUCCAAGGUAAAGGAAGAAGGCGACCCAACAAGAGCUGGCAUUUGUUACUUCUAUCCUUCUCAGACCCUGCUUGACCAACGGGAGCUGCUCUGUGGCCAGAUUGCCGGGGUGGUCCGCUGUAUCUCUGACAUCUCGGGCACUCCUCCCACUCUCAUUCGGCUGCGGAAACUGAAGUUCGCCAUCAAGGUCGAUGGAGAUUACCUUUGGGUGCUGGGCUGUGCUGUGGAGCUCCCGGAUAUCAGCUGCCAGCAGUUUCUGCACCAGCUCAUUGGGUUCUUUAACUUCUACAAUGGACCUGUUUCUCUGGCUUACAAGAAUUGUUCUCAGGAGGAACUGAGCGCCGAGUGGGACACCUUCAUUGAACAAAUUCUGAAAAACACCAGUGAUCUGCAUAAGAUCUUCACUUCCCUCUGGAACUUGGACUGGACUAAAGUGGAGCCCCUGCUCUUGCUGAAGGCGGCCCUCAUCCUGCAGACCUGCCAGCGCUGCCCUCACAUGCUAGCCGGCUGCAUCCUCUACAAAGGCCUGAUUGUGAGCACCCAGCUCCCACCCUCCCUCACGGCCAAGGUCCUGCUUCAUCGAGCUGCACCUCGGGACCAGAGAAUACCUACAGGAGGGGAUGCCCUGCGGGAGUGUGGAGCCGUCCUGCCCCCGAAUGUCCACAUCAUGCCUGUUUUCGUGACGGAAGAGGAAGCUGCCAGUCUCCAUGAGUUCCCAGGGGAGCCUGUGACCAGCCCUCCUGCAUCUCCAGCCGGACUCCAGGGGUGCUCUGCUCGGCAUCCUCCGAAGGGUUGCAGCCCCUCCGCCCUGAAAGAAGACCGGCACGAGGAGGCCGUGGCCUGGCCGUGGGCAGCCACCCCUGAGCCCAGGCCCGCUGACGCCGCGUGGCCAAACGGCAGUGGGGAGAGUGGACACCCCUCCGACCGUGGCCCGGAGAGCGCCCAGCCUGCAGACCCGCAGGCCACUGCCAGGGACCAGAGUCCUGGCUUCCGCCGCUCCCCAGUGACGGGGAGGGAACCCGGUCGGCCCAGGGGGAACGAGGAGCUGGACUUGUCCGAAAUCCACAUUCCAGAAGCUCGGGAAACAGGAACAGCCUCAGGUUCUCCUGCCUUCUCCAACGGGUGUGUCCCAGAUGGCGGUGGUCCUUGUCCCAAGGGAUCUGUCAGCAACUCCGGCCACGGGGAACCCAAGGAGGCCCUGCCUGGGGACACCGCCAUCGCGGGCCUCCCCUCUCCCUCCGCUCCUGACACGCUCACCCAGGAUGGAGCCCUCGAGCAGCACCAAGACCUCUCAGGGGACAGCAGCCCCGCCCCACUCCCCAGAAGUACAAGCAGGCCAUUGUCGUCGCCUCGCCCAGAUUCAAGGCAGGGAGGAACUAAGCUUCUGGAGGGGGGAGAAGGCACGGAGCCGUGUGUGCAUGGGGUUCAGGAGGGCCGCUCAGCCCCCGGCCUGGAAUGCCACUCGGGCUGUGCAGACCUUCCAGACGACAGCCCCUCCACAGACAGCACUGACCCCGGGGCGACCCCAGCAUGCCAGGGAGAACUCGUGCGCAUGAACCUCUACACUCACAGUGUCAAAGGGCUGGUGCUGUCCCUGCUGGCCGAGGAGCCACUGCUGGGAGACGGCGCCGCCAUCGAGGAGGUGCUGGUCUCGUCAGCACACAGGGCUGUGACCCUCCAUAAAGGAGCCAGCCACCUUGCAGCGCAGAGGCAGAGGGAUGGCAGCUUCCGUGCUCAGAGCCCCCGGCGAGACUGCUCCUCCGCAGACCUGCCUGUCGCUCCCCGUCCCUCAGACACGGCCACCAUGUGGCUCCUCUGCUUCCAUACCCGCGUUCACCGCAGCUCUCAGCGCCGCCGCCACCUCCUCUGACAGCACAGGGACCACGGGCUAUACAUCUCCUCUUCCUGCGAGGCUUGGUUUUCAGGGUCUGUCCUUAGUCUCCAGCUGUAGACAAAUUAUUUUGAAGGUCCAGUGUUUGGAUGCAAUAAAGUAGAUAUGAUAGCUCUUUUACCUUCCUCCCAAAAAGAAAAGGAAAAACUACUUCAGGCUGCACUUGAAGAAGGAAGUAAGAUGUAUCCUGUAGACUCAGUGUGUGCUAACCACUUGACAUCUAUCCUUUAGCCAGCCUGUGGCAUUGUAAUUCCCAUUUUACCAGCAAGAAAACAGGCCUCGUUGAGAUAAAGACCUAAUGCAAGUAGCGGGCCCAGAAUCUUGCUCGUUUCUCCUCCCCAUCCCAUCCACUCUGUCCCCUACUGACCUGACCGUGGAGUGGUCGGUGGGAAGGUGAGAAAAGGGGAGGUGCCCGCCCUCCGUGGCUCUGGCUGUGUGGACACGCCCUUGGUGUGCCACAGCCCACCCAUGUGUUCGGACAGCUGCUGCCAUGGGCUUGCAUGUAAAGUCAGGUGCGGUGUAGGGAAGGCCCCGGGAAGAGAGAACAGCUUACUGAAGAAGACGCCUCUCUUCGGAAGAGUAGGGUGUGGUGACUGAUGAGCUUGCUGGUCUGAGACUGGGGUGAAGGACCAGCCCCGAAGGCUGCCUGCCUCACCAUUUUGGGAGAGGGCCUCUAUUGCCUUUUUGCCCCAGACCUGCUUUCCGCCCGCUGCUGUCUGGAAAGCAAGGCCCUGCAGGAGGGUAAGCUGCAGCUCCGCUGUGACAGUGAGCACCCCCUCCCUGGUGCUGUCACUCACUGGCAGGCAGCCUGGUGUCAUUUUGCCAUCUUGUCUUUCAGCGGAUCAACUGCCAGCUCUUUAUGUUGGCCCAGGGUGGGCGGCUGGGAGGUGGGUAGACGGGGAUGAGCGGGGAGCAGCCAGGAGAGAUGGAUUAGUUCAGAGGGAACAGACUGAAUUCCCACCAGGGGGACUAGACUCCCACCAGGGGGCAGCACAGAGCUACUGGUAGUUCCUGCUCAAAACCCGAAGGCCUCUCACUGACCUGCACAGGCAGGGAUCACACCAGUUCUUCAUGACUGUAGGGGACCCUGAGCUGCCUGCGUGCAGGGGGUGAGCCUGGGCUUGGUGCCAGAGUGAAAUACGGACGUGCACCCUCCCCGUGAACCUGGCCUUCUGAGGGAAUGUGUGUCGGCAUCGCUGGUUCUGCACCUUGUGGCGCUCUCACACUUGAGCCCCGCGCUGUGCUGUGGACCAGAAGCGGGAGGAGCCAGGAGUCAGGCCCAGCUCCGUGUCGCCAGGGCUGCGGUGAGGGCUGCGUAUGUGUAGCAUGUACCAGGGGCUGGCAGACUCUAAUGCCAAGGAACACACAGCAGAUAUUUCCCGCUUUGCCAACCGCUGAACUCUGCUGUGACGGUUCUCAACCUUAGACAGUAUGUAGCUGGUGUGGCUGUGUCCCAGGAAUACUUUAUUUAUAGACACGGAAGUGGGAACCUCAAUAAUUUUCAUGUGUCACGAUAUUAUUUUGAUUUUUUUUCCCCCUAACCAUGUAAAAAUAUAAAAACUAUUCUUAGCUCUCGGGCUAUACAAAAACAGAAUGGGCUGGGUUUGGCGCAGGCCAUGGUUUGUAGGCCCCGGCACAUAUGGAAGCACUUGGUUACUAGUAAAUAAGGCGCACAUCAUCAUCAUUUUCAUUUUCUUGCCUCUAUAAAAAUGCCUUCUCUCAGGGUGGCGCCUUAGAGUUUACAAAGGAUUUUUGUAAAUGUAUUUUUAUUGAUUUCAGAGAGAGAAAGAGAGAUACAAACACCAAUGAUGAGAAUCAUUGAUGGGCUGCCUCCUGCACGCCCCACACUGGGGAUUGAGCCUGCAACCCAGGCAUGUGCCCCGACUGGGAAUCGAACCGUGACCUCUGGUUCAUAGGUCAAUGCUCAACCACUGAGCCACACCAGCCGGGCAGGGAGGGUUUUUUAAUACAAGUGCUGGGCCAGUCUCCUCAGCCGGGUGCCUCUGAACAGCGCACAGAAAACCAUUAGACUGACAAGUCCCAGUCCGUGCAGCACAGCGCAUGGCUAUCCUGUUCUAUUUGCCCAGAGGGGGACUCCUUGCAGACAGUGGAGGCCCGGGGAGCCCAGGCCUGGCUGAGAGCCCAGGAGGGUGGGGGCCCGGUCGGCGGUGCUGGUGCUGGGCAAACGUGCAGCCUCCGUGGGAAAGUCGUAGCUGGAAGGAGAGGUGUGAGGGCCAACAGUGGCUAUUUCUGGAUGGUGAGACUAUGGGCUAUUUUUCUCUGCUUUUUCCUUCCUUGUAAAAUGUAUUUUUCUGCUCUCCUUUAUUUUUCUAUAAUUUUACAACAGCAUUAAAAUAUCAGGGCAGAAGUUAGCACUUCUCUAAAAAUGGGUAAAAACGCUGGUCAGAGUCCUCUCUAAGUCAGUAGCCACGCGGUGUUGUUUGGGUGACCGUUUGCUGGGUGCGGGGCCUGCGGGUUCACUGCAGCCGGGCCCGUGGGCUCCUCUGCAGUUCCACAGCAGCCUGGCGUCCCUGAACGGGCUGGAGGUCCACCUGAAGGAGACGCUGCCCAGGGACGAGGCUGCCUCCUCCAGCAGAACCUACAACUUCACGCAUUACGACCGCGUCCAGAACGUGCUGACAG